UGUAGCAUUAGGUUAGUUAGCUGUCCUGUCCUGUCCUGACCAGAAUCAACUACUACACUGUCGGUAAAGGACGAGUGACUAAAGACGAAGAUAUCAACACAAACUGGACCAAAGAUUAAAAUAAUUCACUUUGCUAAAUCUCAGUAGUGCAUUCACAGAACGUUGUUGGGGUUAAUUCUUUGUUUUCUUGCGUAGGUAAGUGGAUUUGGGAGAUACUGACAUGGCCGAGAGAAUAGCAGAGAUGGAAGAAGACAUGGGCGACGUACCAGCCGGAGAGGAUAACAAUGAUUCAGACAGAGAAGAAGAUGACGGGGUGUUUGCUUGGAUGGUGAAUGAUGACAUGGAUGAAGAUGAGGAAGAAGAAGAAGAAGAUGAUGAUAUAGAAGAGGUGGAGGAUGAACAGCCGCUGGACACUGAAGCCUCUGAGUCCUAUGAGUUGGACAGUCCAGCAGAACGCAGUGGACAUAUAGCAGUGGUUGAUGGGAACACCAUGUAUGUGUGGGGUGGAUAUAAGAAUGCUCAAAACCAUGGAUUCUUUGACUUAUAUCUGCCAAGAAAUGAAAUCUGGACGUACAACAUGGAGUCUGGAGUAUGGACAAAGCAUGUGUCUUUAGGUAAUCUGCACACGUCCAUGUCGGGCAGCUGUGGGGUGUGUGUGGAUGGAGUCCUCUACCUGUUUGGAGGUCAUCACGCUAGAGGAAACACUAACAGGAUCUACCGGCUGCCCCUCAGAUCUUCCAGCUUUGUGUGGGAAGAAAUGAGGGACCUGAAAGGGGUUCCACCAUCCUCCAAGGACAAACUAGGGUGCUGGGUUUACAAAAACAAACUUAUAUUUUUUGGGGGUUAUGGCUAUGCUGCACAAGAACAUCGAGGGACUUUUGAAUAUGAUGAAUCGUCUUCACUUGUGUGGGACAGUCCUGGACGAGGUUGGAACAAUCAUAUCCACGUCCUGGACCUGGAGACAUUGACAUGGAGCCAGCCCAUUACUAAGGGAAACACGCCAUCACCCAGAGCCGCUCAUGCGUGUGCCACCGUCGGCAACAGAGGUUAUGUGUUUGGAGGACGAUACAAAAACUACAGACUAAAUGACUUGUACUACCUUGACCUGGACACAUGGGAGUGGCAUGAAAUGAGUGUUCCUCAGCAUGGUCCAGUGGGCCGAUCAUGGCACUCCUUCACCCCUGUGUCACCAGACCACAUCUUCUUAUUUGGAGGUUUCACCACAGAGAGAGAAACUCUGAGUGAUGCUUGGCUGUACUGUGUGAGUAAAAAUGAAUGGACACAGUACAAACAUGGUCACAAUGACAGCCCCAGGCUGUGGCACACGGCGUGUGCUGGACCAGAUGGGGAGGUGUUUGUGUUUGGAGGAUGUGCCAACAAUCUUUUGUCUCAUCAAAGAGCCGCUCACAGCAAUGAAUUAUUAGUUUUCAAUGUUCAGCCCAAGUCUCUAGUCACGUUCUGUAUGGAAACUGCUCUGCAGCACAGGGAGCGUUUAGCCACGUACUGGGAAUGUCUGCCCAAACACCUCCUGCACAGCCUCAAACAGAGAAUGUCACGAGACAACACACUGGGUUCCUGAGCUUCGGACGAGGAGAACAGGAAAAUGUUGACGUACUGUAUGUACAGCAGAGAUGAGUACUAACUGAAGCAGGUAGUCCAUUUAAAGCAUUAGUUUAAUGUGUGUGAACACCGAUGAGGAAAAAUGACUAAGCAAUAGUAACCAGGCAUCUUUCUUUGAGCACUGACUGGAUUCUGUUGAGUCAGUGGGUCCUUGAAUGAAGAAGUUCUUACCUUUUCUUGAUUCAGGCAAAUGACUGUAAAGCGAAUAUGGUCAGAAAACCCCACUGCCAUAGUUUUACCAUCAUCAACCGCAGAAAUUACUUUUAAUUGAGCUCAGUGUCCCAGAUGAUUUAUUCCACUGUUGGAAUGAACUUAAAGAGUUGUACUAGAGUUGAGGCGGGUUUCAGCCAUUUGGUGAGAAAUGCAUAAAACUCUAUAUUGUCUUGAUGUUUUGACCGAACCAAGCUUUGUUUGAUAUGUUUUUAGUAGUUUUUAGCCUUGACUCACACAAAGUCAUGCUAUUGCUCCAGAGCCAAAGUGUUAUAAAAGGAAUCCUGGAUAUUAGACGUUCAGGUUAAGCAGAAAUCCAUAAAGAGCCUCCAGAGUGUUGUAUGCAGUUUAUAUUCUGGGAUAAUGCCAUUACAUAUUUGACAGUCAGAACCUCAAAUAUGUUACACAGACAUAAUUGUUCCUCACUAAAUCUUUACACUUGAUUUGAAAAAGUCUUUAAGUGUUAUGGGAGGCAUGAUUAGGCAGGAUUACUGGAUGAAAAAAGGGGAAAAUUCAACAUUUUUCAGCAUAGCACCAGUGUAGUCUUUAAAGUCCAUGUUUAGUGUAGAAUAAGAUCAGAAAACGCCUCAUGUUUCACUUUUUCUGGAGUCCUAUUGAAACAAACACUAUGAG